UUCAAAAUUACUAAUUUGAAAUGUUCUUUUUUCCCUCAACACAAAUUAUAUAUAUUUAAAAUAAUUAGUUAUAUAUGAAUUUAAAUAUAAUUUUCUUUAGUUCAGUGAGUCAAGAAUUUUGACACAAAGGGUUGUUAUUUUAAAUAAUUUUGGUCAUUUUUUAAUCUUGCUGAAGAUAGGCUUGUUGCUUGUGAAGAUUUCCAAAGCUGAGAUACACUUUAUUUUACAUUUGUCAUGGGAAAGUGUCUGCCUUACUACUAUACCAAAACACCUUUUACAUCCUAUUGCACAAACAACUGCAUGGAAGCAAGAAUUAUCUAGUAGACAUUGACAGAUUAGUUAACAAUCAUUAAAAGCAUUUUAAGUUUCCCAUUUAUAAUCAGUUUGAUGAAUUAGAAUAUUAUAUACCAUUGCAUUAUCACAGAGCCAUAGAAUAUCUUGAGUCAGAGUGGACCACAGCAAUCAUUGAAUCCAAUUCCUUCCUCCACACUAAGAUCUGGGAAUUUGCUUAGUGUCAUAUGCGUCUGAUUGUAUUGGAGCAGAGUAAAUAUAGCCAAGCAUAAUCUUCAGCACACUUAGGUUCUGAUCCAAAAUUUGAUGGUAUUGUUAAAAAACUGCCAUUAACUUUAGUUGCCUCAGUCAGGUGCUCACCUGAAGGGGUGGGAUUUCUGGUAUGUUGCUGUAGAUUUCUUUAAAAACCUUCUGUUUGCUUUCCAAAUAUGUGUGUGCACAGUAGGACUUCCAAAAAGAAAAAAAGACAUUAAGUCAUCAUGAUACACUCUGCUUUUCAGAAGAGGACAGAAUAAUCAGUUAUACUGAGAAUAGCACAGAACAGAUAAAAAAUAUUCACCAGUUGCAGUUUGACAGAUUUCUAUCAAGCUUUUUGUUUGCUGUUGACACUCUAGAACAACAGUUCGGUCUACUUCUUCAAGUUUGUUGAAAUUCUUUCCUGGAUGGCCUUUUUAUAUCCCUGCCUGCAGCUGGUCAGCACUCUUGCUGAAUGAAAAGAUGAGGUUUCCUCAUUCUUGGUGGCACCAUUGACUUGCAGCAACAAAAGGAAUGACCGGCUUUGUGUCAGGCUAAUCCUGCAUCUCUCCCAUGUGAUGUGUGUUCCCAUUGUAGGCGUGUUUUGUGCUGCAACGAUAAUGCUUUAGUCUGGGAUAGUUGGGAGCUCUGCAAACGCCCUAGAGCGCAGAACUGCUGAUGUGAACGCAGGCUUCCCCGCCCCCUUCCUUCAUAACUUGUGAUCGCGGAGCCAUGAAAGUAUGCGAGUCCCUCCCCCAGAACAGAGCGAUUGCACCCGGCAUAUGAUCAGGGCUCCAUGUCAGCCACACCAGGCAGCACUGACCUGCCUGAGCGCUGUGCAUAGCCAGAGCGAUGACCUUAACGGAGCAGAGCUUUCAGGAGUCUCCUCCACCCCCUUCUGAGGUGGCCAAGGCAGACAUGGAUGUCUCAGGAGAGAAGGAGAAGGCUGCGCACCUCUCCACGGCAAGGACUGGAGUGCUGGUGCUCAAGCAGCGAGCAACGGGAAGGCUGAUCAUGCACAGCAUGGCGAUGUUUGGAAGGGAGUUCUGCUAUGCUGUGGAGGCUGCCUUUGUCACGCCGGUGCUGCUAAGUGUGGGGCUGCCCAAGAACCUGUAUAGCCUGGUGUGGCUCAUCAGCCCCAUCCUGGGCUUCGUGCUACAGCCCGUGGCAGGUUCUGCCAGUGAUCACUGCGCCUGUAGCUGGGGCAGGAGGCGACCUUACAUUCUGGGUCUGGGCAUCAUAAUGCUGGUAGGCAUGGCUUUGUACCUCAAUGGGGACGAGAUAAUCUCAGCUUUCAUCGGUGAAAGAGACAAGCAGCGGACAUGGGCAAUAGUCAUUACCAUGCUGGGAGUAGUGCUUUUUGAUUUUGCAGCUGACUUUAUUGAUGGCCCCAUCAAAGCAUAUUUAUUUGAUGUCUGCUCUCAUCAAGAUAAAGAGAAGGGUCUGCAUUAUCAUGCCCUAUUUACAGGCUUAGGAGGAGCGCUGGGCUACCUGACAGGUGCUGUGGACUGGGGUGAAACUGUACUAGGAUACACCUUGAUGUCAGAAUUCCAGGUGAUUUUCCUCUUGUCAGCCUUGGUUUUCCUCAUCUGCCUUAUUGUACAUCUACGCAGUAUUCCUGAAGUCCCACUCGGAUAUGACAACGAAGAGACAAAGCUCUUGAUGGAAGUGACUGAGCCCUGUAAGUACAGCUCCAUAGAGGAAAUCAAGAACGGAUACUUAAGUACUGACUUAAAUGCUACAAGUAAGCCAAAGAAAGAUACUGACAGAUCAUGUACAGAGGCUCAAAGGCGGAUGACACUUAGAUCACUCUUGAAGACUCUUUUAAGCAUGCCAUCCCAUUAUCGCUAUCUCUGUGUGAGCCACCUCUUUGGAUGGAUGGCUUUCCUGUCCAACAUGCUCUUCUUCACGGAUUUCAUGGGACAGGUUGUGUACCAGGGCAGUCCUUAUGCUUCUCAUAACUCCACACUUUACCACACCUACAGAAGAGGAGUGGAGGUUGGAUGCUGGGGGCUGUGCAUCAAUGCAAUUGCAUCCUCGGCCUAUUCUUACCUGCAGAAACUCCUUCUGCCAUACACAGGAUUAAAGGGACUUUAUUUCAUUGGAUACCUACUUUUUGGGUUAGGCACUGGGUUGAUUGGCUUGUUUCCCAAUGUCUAUUCCACUUUGGUUCUGUGUUCACUUUUUGGAGUCAUGUCCAGCACACUGUAUACUGUGCCAUUCCAGCUCAUUGCAGAGUAUCAGAAAGAAGAAGAGGACCUGAAUCUGCAGCAGAAAGAGCAAGGUGUGGAGUACAGGAGAGGCAAGGGCAUUGACUGUGCUGCUCUCACCUGCAUGGUACAGCUGGCACAGAUCAUUCUUGGUGUGGGCCUUGGUCUCUUGGUCAGUGUUGCUGGCAGUGCAGUCACUGUGAUUUCGGCAUCAAUGGUGGCACUGAUUGGCUGCUGCUUUGUUGCUUUUUGUGUUCGAUAUGUGAGGUAAGACUGUGUGAAACAAUUGGAAGAAAAAGACCCAGAAGAUCAGCACUGGUACUGUUGCCAUGCUGAUACUGCUGGUACAUCCUCCUCUCUUACCUGCUUGGAGCAGCUGCAAUUACAGAGCAUCACUUAACCACAAAGUGAAGACUUGAUGAAAUUGGUUGCCUAAUGCCUCAGAUAGAAAGCUUCUCCAUUCUGAGCGCUUUAUUACUGCCUUCCUGCUGACCUCAGUGCAUGAACAUGCUAUUACACUUGAAGACACAUCUGCCUGUGGUAUCUUGAUGCCCUACAUGAGGAGUCAUUGUGAAACGGAUUAUCAGUUUGUGGAAGAGAAUAGAUGAAGUAUGUGUUGAACUGAAGAAGUUGAAUUGAACAGAGCUAAGAUUAAACUUCUUUUUUUCUUCUCAUUUUUCUGUUAUCUUAAUUUUGAGGAUAUGCAGAAGCAUCAAGCAGGUGUCAGAGGUCAUGUGCCAUCAUGUUGUAUGGUUAGUAUGUAGGUCACUCCAAAAGUAAUGCCUCCUAUUUAUUUCCACAAAAGCAACAACAAUUUCAAAGAGCACAAUUACACCCUUUGAUAGAGCAAAUUCUCAUCUGCAAAAUGCCACCAUUAGCUAUGUUUUUUUGCCAGUGAUGAAAGAAGGUCUGCAUUUGCCAGUGGAGAUGAACCACUGUCGCACCACCCACCACCAUGCCAAUAUCCACUGUUUGAUCUCCACAAACAUUCAGCAAAUGUUGAUGAAUGUCAGUGGGUGAUGUUUUUUCACAAGGAAGA